AUGGACUGCGAUCGGGGUGACAUUGCACUGAAAGGAAGGAAACUGGGGCUUCCCCGCAUCCACCCCGACUUCCACGGUGCGGUCGCGCUUGUCGCCGUCGACCCAGUUGCGACCCAGGUCACUCGCGAGUGCAAUGUCGCGCGCGAAAAUCACGGAAAGAAAGCCGCGGCGAAAGAGGACAGCCGCCCUCAGCUCCGACUGGCACCACGGAUCUGCAUUUAUCCAGACUAA